AUGUUGUUUAUAACAAGUUGUUAUUUUUUGAUUAUAAUUAGUCAAACAAUUGUAAGCAUAGAUACUUUUCAACAAAAUGGAACAAAUAAUUCGAAACAAUUUCAAAUUGAAGAAGAUUUAACAACAUUGAAUUAUUAUUUCUUUUCCUAUGAUAUUAUUGAUCAUAAAACAAUAUUAAUUAAAUUUGAUAUUACGCAUACUAUGCUUUUUCAACAAAGACAAGUUCUUUAUAAUGCUUAUCUUCAUAUUUCAAAAUUACCGUCAGAAAAUUAUAAAAUUAAUAUUGGACCAUUUUUAGGUUAUUAUGAAAAAGAAAUUUCUGGUACAAUUACAGAUCAUUUUACUUUUUGUCUUGUACUUCUACCAAGUCAACAUCAAAAUUCUUCACAAAAACAACAAAUUAUACAUUAUUGUACAAAAAUGGGACCUGAUGAAGAUCAUGAACGUCAUCCGAUUAAACAAGGAAGUAAAGGAGAUCAUAUUUUAUUAUUAUUACAACUAUUAAUGAUUGUUAUUAUUCUUACUAUCUUACAAAUUACACAUACAAUUCGAAAGCGAAACUCUCACGAAUGGUAUUUACGACGAAUUAGUAGAUUUCGUUAUGAACUCUUGCGUAGGAAAGAAUUUAUUGAUAUGCCUAACGAAACAUUAGCCAUGCUUCGAUUUAUCUCAAUUAAUAGUGAAGAACCGCAAGAAGAAAUUGAUGAAUCAAAUGAAGACCGAGAGGAGGGGAAGGAAGAAGAAGAAGAAAAAGAAGUUAAUUUAAUUUACUCCCACCGACGAUUACCGGAACGAGGUAUAAGAUAUCAACGAAGUCGAUCACCGUCACCUAGUAUUAACUCAAUGAAUAUCAAUUCAGAUACAUUUUCAAUUGAACAUAUUCUUAAGGCUAAACCAUGGCUACAAAUACCGCAUUAA